ACUGAAGGGAGCUUGACCUCCUUGUCAUCAUAGGCGCUGUAGCUGUUGUCAACUGUAACUAAGUCAUAUGAUAAAUAUGAUAGUUAUAAUAUGAAUUAUGCGAUUGCUUCAUUCGACCGUAUUCUAUUUAGACAGUUGCAAUAGAUUUGCUGGAGUUUUAAAAUGUCGGUAAAUCGCUGCAUUUAUUUGUUGUCGCGCUCCCACAUCCGAUACCGAAUAUGUGCUAGCGCUACCUCGUCAACUGUUGAGAUAUUAAAUAACGCUUCUAUACAUCCUACAAGAACGACAUGUGAAAACUUGGCACUGGUGAGGAGGCAUUCGUCUUCGAACAGCUCAUCGAGAUCACUAGACACCUCACUGUUUGUACCUCUCCCCAUCAAAGGUGAUGAGGGAAGAGACGGGGAAGUCGGCGCAGAGUUAACGAAACCCCUCGACAAAAGUGAACUUCUUAAAGUACUAAAUAGAUUCUACAAAAGAAAAGAAAUGCAAAAGCUGGCUGCUGACCAAGGACUUGAUGCCCGUCUCUUUCAUCAAGCUUUUGUCAGCUUUAGAAAAUAUGUGUUGGAAAUUAACACAAUAAGUGCUGACUUGCACAUCAUUUUUAAUGACAUCAUCUGUGGAGCUGGGCACAUAGAUGAUAUUUUUCCAUACUUCAUGAGACACGCCAAACAGAUAUUUCCCAUGUUGGACUGUAUGGAUGAUUUGCGAAAGAUCAGUGACUUGCGGGUCCCUGCUAACUGGUAUCCCGAGGCCAGAGCUAUUCAAAGAAAGAUUAUUUUUCAUGCCGGACCCACAAACAGUGGCAAGACCUAUCAUGCCAUUCAGAGAUACCUAGCAGCCAAAUCUGGAGUUUACUGUGGACCUCUAAAGCUGCUGGCCCAUGAAAUUUAUGAGAAGAGUAAUGAUGCAGGGGUGCCAUGUGAUCUGGUGACAGGAGAGGAGAGAAUAUUUGUUGAUCAAGAAGGAAGGCAAUCUGACCACAUCGCCUGUACAAUAGAGAUGUGCAGUGUUACAACUCCAUAUGAAGUGGCUGUCAUUGAUGAGAUACAGAUGAUCAGAGAUCCUUCCAGAGGGUGGGCGUGGACGAGAGCUCUGCUUGGCUUGUGUGCUGAGGAGAUUCAUGUGUGUGGAGAGGCUGCAACCAUUGACUUUAUCACUGAACUCAUGUUUACCACUGGUGAAGAGGUUGAGGUUCAUAAUUAUAAGAGGCUCACUCCAUUCUCGAUCUCAAAUCAAGCAGUGGAGUCACUGGAUAACCUGAAGCCUGGAGACUGCAUUGUAUGCUUCAGCAAAAAUGACAUCUACUCCAUCAGCAGGCAGAUAGAAAUCCGUGGCCUGGAGUGUGCUGUUAUUUAUGGAAGUCUGCCUCCUGGCACUAAGUUGGCUCAGGCAAAGAAGUUUAAUGAUCCAGAUGACCCUUGCAAAAUCCUUGUUGCCACCGAUGCAAUUGGAAUGGGACUGAACUUGAGCAUUAGGAGAAUCAUUUUCAAUUCUUUGGUAAAACCAAAUGUGAAUGAAAAGGGGGAGAAGGAGCUGGAUACUAUUUCCACCUCACAGGCGCUACAGAUCGCUGGGCGAGCAGGACGCUUCAGCUCUGUUUUUAAGGAGGGUGAGGUCACUACAAUGCAAAGGGACGACUUGCCUGUUUUAAAGGAGAUCUUGGGGAAGCCUGUUGACCCUAUUGAGGUAGCAGGAUUACACCCUACAGCAGAACAGAUAGAGAUGUUUGCCUACCAUCUGCCCCAGGCCACUCUCUCAAAUCUCAUCGAUAUAUUUGUGAGCCUUUCACAAGUGGAUGGACUUUACUUUGUGUGCAACAUCGAUGACUUUAAAUUCUUGGCCGAUAUGAUUCAGCAUAUUCCUCUGAAUCUGCGCUCUCGCUAUGUCUUCUGCACUGCCCCCAUCAACAAGAAACAGCCCUUUGUGUGCACAUCUUUCCUCAAGUAUGCCAGACAGUUUAGCAGAGACGAGCCACUGACAUUUGACUGGGUGUGUCGACAUGUGAAUUGGCCCAUGACUCCUCCCAAAAACAUCAAGGACCUUGUUCACCUAGAAGCUGUUCAUGAUGUGCUUGAUCUUUAUCUUUGGCUCAGCUAUCGCUUCAUGGACAUGUUUCCAGAUGCUAACCUCAUCCGUGAGAUUCAAAAGGAACUAGACAGCAUGAUCCAAAUUGGUGUGCGUAACAUCACUCGACUUAUUCGUGCCACAGAGAACCAGGGCACCUCUACAGAGCUCACCACUGCCUCCACAAGACUUCCUGGAUCGGACCUGCCACCACUCAGGAGGGGGCGACAGUCUAAGGUUCAGAAUCAAAAAGAAGAGCUCAUGGUAACAGACUCAUCGCUGGGCUCAAGGCUGGUACGGGAUGGACUGCUGACCAAGGAGCUCUUAAACCAACUGCAGAGAGAGUGGGUCAGAGAACAGAGCCAAAAUGGAGACUCCUCAGUUUUAGCCAAUAAGAUCAAAGGGAAAAGAAAGAAAAAAUGAACUAUUUUAUUGUGACUUUUCAGUACUUUGGGAUGAUCCAUCCCGUUGAUCAAGACGGCAGCAUGGAUGUAUUUCUGUGCAUUGCAAAUGUUCUGAGCUGAAUAGGGAGUGAUUGGCAUAUAUCUUGUUGGAAGUGUAAAAAGAGCACUACACUUUUAUCCAGCCAAAUAAAAUUGAUAUUUUUAAUGCUCUCCA